UCUCUCCAGAACCCUUUCCUCUCAAUUGGCUUAAUGUCUGGGGUUAUCGAAGAAACAACCAAAGCAGUCUCAGAGCUAUUAGUGGAGGCCUCUCCUUCAAUGGAAGCAUCGGCAGCUACGUCAAUUAGCAAAAAUGCUCUCAAGAGAGAAGCAAAGAUGAAACAAAAGGAAGAGGAAAAGCGUCUAAAAGAAGAGGAGAAAAAGAAAAAGGCGGCUGCUAAUGCAAGCUCACAGGUUCAGAAGCCUCAAGUGGCAAAUGAUGAAGACAUGGACCCAACUCAAUACUUUGAAAAUAGGUUGAGGGUGCUUGCCGCCCAAAAGGCAGCCGAGAAAAACCCAUAUCCCCACAAGUUCUUUGUCAGUAUGUCUAUCCCAGAGUAUAUUGAGAAAUAUGAAGGCUUAAACAGUGGAGACCACCUUGAGGAUGUCCAAGUCUCUUUGGCUGGAAGAAUUAUGAACAAGCGAACUUCCUCUUCAAAGCUUGUCUUUUACGACCUGCACGGUGAUGGUGCUAAAGUCCAAGUCAUGGUGGAUGCAAGUAACUCAGAUAUGGAUGAAGCGGAAUUUUCUAGAUUUCAUUCUGGUGUGAAGCGUGGUGAUAUUGCUGGUGUCUCGGGAUUUCCAGGAAAGAGUAAAAGGGGAGAGCUGAGUAUUUUCCCUAGAUCGUUUACUGUCCUAUCCCAUUGUCUUCAUAUGAUGCCGAGGCAAAAAGCAGGUCCUGGUGCAGAUACUGCUGAUGUGAAGAAAACUGAUGCUUGGAUCCCCGGACAUGUCAGAAAUCCUGAAACAUAUAUUUUACGGGAUCAGGAAACUCGAUAUCGCCAACGAUAUUUGGAUUUAAUGUUGAAUACGGAGGUUCGACAGAUAUUUAGGACCCGGGCUAAGAUUAUUUCAUAUAUUAGAAAAUUUCUUGAUGAUCGUAAUUUCCUGGAGGUUGAAACCCCAAUGAUGAACAUGAUUGCUGGUGGAGCAGCUGCUCGGCCAUUUGUUACCCAUCACAAUGAUCUGAACAUGCGGCUGUACAUGCGCAUUGCCCCUGAGCUGUAUCUAAAAGAGCUGGUUGUUGGUGGAUUAGAUCGUGUGUAUGAGAUAGGAAAGCAAUUUAGAAAUGAGGGAAUAGAUUUGACUCAUAAUCCUGAGUUCACUACAUGUGAGUUUUAUAUGGCUUUUGCAGAUUACAAUGACUUGAUGGACCUCACUGAGAAAAUGUUAAGCGGGAUGGUCAAGGAGCUAACAGGUGGCUAUAAAAUUCAAUACCAUGCAAAUGGGUUGGAUUGUGAUCCAAUAGAGAUCGACUUUACUCCACCUUUCAGACGGAUUGACAUGAUAGAAGAGUUGGAGAAGAUGGCCAACCUCAGUAUACCAAAAGAUCUUUCCAGCGAGGAAACCAACAAAUAUUUGCUGGAUGUGUGCACAAAGUUUGAUGUCAAAUGUGCCCCACCUCAAACAACUACUCGUUUAUUGGACAAGCUUGUAGGGCAUUUCUUGGAGGAGACAUGUGUUAAUCCUGCUUACAUCAUCAACCACCCAGAGAUAAUGAGCCCAUUGGCAAAGUGGCACAGAUCCAAACCAGGCUUGACUGAACGUUUUGAGUUGUUCAUUAACAAGCAUGAAGUUUGCAAUGCAUACACAGAAUUGAAUGAUCCUGUGGUUCAGCGUCAGCGUUUUGCUGAACAACUGAAGGACCGACAAUCCGGUGAUGAUGAGGCAAUGGCUUUAGAUGAGACAUUUUGUACUGCCCUGGAGUAUGGGUUGCCCCCAACUGGUGGUUGGGGUAUGGGUAUUGAUCGGCUAACUAUGUUGUUCACUGAUUCACAGAAUAUCAAGGAGGUUCUUCUAUUUCCAGCCAUGAAACCUCAAGAUGAACCUUCUCCAAAAGUCUAGGUUGUACUGGUUCAAAUCUGAAUUAGAUGUCUGAAGAGGUUUCAGAGGUUACAAAAUGUGGGUUUGCUGGCACUUCGAUCAGUUCUCUGAGAUGGAAUUUUCCAUUGAUAAUACAAAACAGCCUAUCAUAUUAUAAGAACCUAGUUUUGAGGGGUUGCAACUCCAUUUCUCAAAUACAGUAAGGAACAGAAUUUCUCAUUAUUUGCACUAGAAAAGUAUACU